UUGCUGGAAAAGCUUUUGAAAAACCCCAACCUGAACAUAUCCAUUACAGACCUUGAAAAUCACUGGAAUUGUUUGCAUUAUGCGAUAUUCUACAAGAAUUUUAUCAUUGCUCAAAUUCUCAUCUCUACCAGGCAGUCUUUACUUCAAGCAAAGGAUCGCGAAGGAUUUACGCCCUUAGACCUCUUGAGUAGCGAAAUCGACAUCCGGAAGCUGAAGUGGGUGCCUGAGAGUAUUGGCAGACUGCAACGGCCAAAGAUCAAAGGGAUUGUGGAGGAAGCCGAAUAUGGCACUGGCGAGAUCAAUCUUGAGAAAAGGUUUGUGGGAGAUCAGUCGUUCAGAACGAACAGCACUGCAAAAUCAUUCCAGCUUAGCAGGGGAGGUUCUAAUAUUGUAAUGAUAGAUUCAGUGAAGGAUGUCGGUGAAAAUUCAGACCAUUUGGUGCUUGUGGACAUGAGAAGACUCAAGUAUAAAUACGGUGACCGCGAUAUAUACCCGAGCCUUUCGGAGAGAAUUUCAUUUCCCAGAAUUCGAGACGUCAAGAUGUCCAAACACCAUUCAAUUGUUCUGACCACAGAACCUCGGGCCAAUAUAUUCGUGAAGGGACUGGGCACCCGUGGUCGUUUGGGAUUGGGGAAUGGACAGCCACAGGACGCUUUUGUUGGAAUUCCUGCUUUUGAAAAUGAGCGGGUCUUGUUUGCAGAUGUGAGCAAUGACCACUCAAUAUGUUUGACUGUGGACGGCAACGUGUACACUUGGGGCUUGAACUCUUACGGUCAGUUGGGCUAUCAAGUUGACUUGCUCCCUCAUCAAACAGAGGCCUGCGUGUCUAUUCCGAAGCUAGUCAACACUGGAGACCUGAAGAAGCAGACAAAUUGCCAGAUUUUGGGAGUCAGUUGCUCGAAAUUUCACUCAUUGGUUUACACAAAAAACGAGAUUUAUUUUUGGGGUUUGAACGUUGGUCAGUUCGGAUUUAGUCCUUCUGGAAAUGCAAACAAAGUGCCUGGCAAGAAUGGCGUUGGUUUGAUCCAAGUUAACCCACGAAAACUGACUUUCACCUAUGGGGAUAUCAGGAAUGUCUAUGCUGCGGACAGUUUCACAGUCGUUCUGAACAACACCAACGAGCUGCACUUUUAUCUCAACGGCUUCCAUUCGAAAGUGAUACCACCGCUGCUCAAUAAAAUCGACUCAAAGUCUUUCAACACUUUCCGUCCGCGUGUCCUUUCGCAAAGAAAGUCAAUCUCGAAAUUGGUGGCGCAGAAAGGAUGUGACUCGUGUCUUCUUUUGCUCGAUAAUGGAGAUAUUAUGCAGCUCAAUAUGGAUGUGAAAAGCUUAGAUAAUGCUUUGUUCCAAAAAAGUGUUCGCUUCACCACCAUCUGGAAGGCCUCAAAAGAGCACUUGCGAUGCACAGACGUGGACAUGGGCAAUGAUGGCUCUAUAAUCAUAUCUGUGCAAGAUGGCUCUGCAUAUAAACGUAUCAAGCGUGCCAUCGUGAAGGACUCCAAGUCCUCACAUGGCUACAUAUCGAAGAAGUUCAAGUUCUCCAAAAUCGUUGGUCUCAAUAAGGUUGUCAGGGUGGUUUCUGAUCCUCUAUUUUCCAGGUUUGCAUUUAUUCGGGACGAUACCGAUCUUAUACCCCAUAGGCUAGCCAAAUCGUCGAUUCUCCAGGAUUUCUAUAGUCUGUCGCCAUUGAGCGAAAUCCAGGAUGAUCGGCCUGUUCAGCGUCGGGUCAUAGUCAACAAGGCGGAUGAAUCGUAUCUGUCGUUGGACACCAGCUUCAAGACCAACUUUGUAUAUAAAACCAAGGUUUUGGAGGCUGGAGAAGAGGAGAUUUUAUUGAGGCAGCAAGUCGUUGAAGAGGAUUUAAAAGCGCCAUCACAUGACAUGGUCGCCAAUUUCAAAAACUCCAGGUGGACACAGGAGAAGGAGAGCAUUGAUACGAUAGCUAGUAUCAACGAUGAUGACAUGGUUCGCGAGAUUCUGAAGUCGGAGAACAUUGAUUAUUGGUUGACGAUGAGGGAUUUCGCAAAAGGAAAAUACUAUGACUACACAGUCUCUGUUGAUGGUGUUGAUAUAGACGUGCAUCGAGAAGUCCUGGAGCUGCGAAGCGAAGUUCUCCGUGGCCUAAUUCAUCAAACUGGCAGUUUGGAGCGCAAUGGUGUUGUGCUCACCAAUACCCCAGGAAAUCUGAAAUUCACCGGGAAUGUCACCCUCUGUGCGGUUCUUGUGGCUCUACACUUUUUAUACACUGACCAGUACCUCGACGUGUGGACAGACUACCCGUUGGGAAAAACUCCCAAACAUUUGCAGGAGAGCAAAGCAGCUUUUGAGAACAUAGCCAAAAUGUUACGUAUUGUCUCUCCUAUGGGUCGCGUUGAAUGUACAAACCCUUUGCGCAGUGAUUUGGAGAAUUUACAGGGCGACUGUCUGAUUAAAUUGCAAGACACCAAAGUGACUGUUUUCAAGCCGCUCAUAGUUGCCAGGAGUGCAUAUUUUGAAACAGUGUUUUCCAGUCGGUGGAAUAUGGACUCUGCCACGAUACCUGAAAUCAGCUCGACCGUGUUUGGGGUAAUUCUGAAGUACUUCUAUGGCGUGGAAUAUGAUGAGCUAUUCGGUGAUGUGGAACAAAUUGUCGAUGUCACAUCGUUUAUUAACUUCGCACUGGAUGUCAUGGAUGCUGCUGAGCAACUCAUGUUGGACGAACUGAGCGAUAUUUGCCAGCUACUGAUAAAGGACUUCAUCAGCUUGGACAAUGUGCAAUACCUGCUCCGCCACUCAUACAACAUGAAGGCUUCCAAACUGUUUGCCAACUGUUUGUGGUUCAUGUACAAUAACUUGGACGUUCUCCUUCUUGACCCCUGUUUUGGUGAGAUGAUCGAAGAAGAAGAGAGUGCGUUUUUGAACACUGUCAAUGAUGCUAUGAAAUGGUUUGCAACCCUCAAAAACCACCACCGUGAGGCACCUGCUCUCUAUCUGAAGGAGAAUCCUGAGCUCAUUCGCGAGAUGGUUGACGACAUAGACAGUUACAACGCGCAUUUCAUUCAUCCUUUGCUUUGGGAUGUGUCCAGACCCGUAUUUGAUGACCAGACAGCAGUCCCGAAGGUCAGUUCGGCAGAGCGUAGAAGACGUUCGUCUGCAAGACGCCUUGAGGAAAAGAAAGCCAACAUUCCUGGUGCAACGGCGAAACCACGCACUUUGUCCAAGGUGCUUUACUCUCAAAAAAUGGUUUCGCAAAGCACUGAAGAAUUUGAUGAAAAUGCCAUUGCAGAUGACGAGACAGAUCAUGAUUUUGUCCAGGUUACAAAUAGAAAGUCAUCCGUUAGGUCUAGCUUCUCCGUAUCCAGUCCGAUUCCUAUACAGAAAAGCGGCUCAAUCAGCAAUACGAAAAAGCCUUCGCCUCCACCAGUUUCGCCCAGCAGCUCUCGCCACACAUCGGUCACCAUUCAUCAGGAUACCCCGAAUACCAGUGCAGGAAGUUUCUUAACGCUAGCCGAAUCCUAUGGUUCUCCUGGAACUCCUGGAUUCAAAUCGACCAGCCCCACUCCCCCUGUUGUCAAGGCAAGCUCGAAGAAUAUGCCUCGACUAUCACAAAGGGAGCGGAUUAAGAGAGGCAAGCAGCAGCAGUCUUCACCGACCGGCUCCAGUAUCAUGAACAAUGUCAAUGUAUGGGGAGCUUCGCCUCCAGAUACUCCUUCAAAGCCUUACACCCUGGUGGACCAGACUUCCGUGCUUGCAUCUGUGCCAUCUUUCGAGAGUGUUUUGCUGGAAGAGAAGAUGCUUCAAGAGAAGCAGAACCCUCAGCCGGUGAGAUCCUUCGAAGAUAUACAGAACGAGGAGCGCUUUGAGCAAUGGUGGGCCCAGGAAAGCGAACGUGUGCAGAGGGAGCUCCAGCGGGCUCAGGAGGCCGAUAAGCCUCGUCAAAUUCGCCGAAACAGCCGCAAAUCCUCCAACUCUAAAGACAGUAGUCAAAGAGACGGCUCCAAAAAGAUGCCCAAAAAGCACUAUCAGCGUCGUCCUGAUAGGAAAAUUGAGGUUAAAUAA